AUUCCAAAUCUUUGUUUAUAACCUCCCUCACUGGGAGGACAGACAAGAGGAUGUACAGCACGAUUCUCCAGGACACUCUCUGCCGCUAUUGGCUGCUCGCCCGUCUGCUGAAGCAGGAGCGGAUUGCGUCAUCACCCAGCGCCACUCUCCUGAUGACGCGCUUGGGGAGCGCCGCCCACCAGUUCCUAUUAGCACUGAUUCCGCAAUGGAAUCAAACCGGGAUGAGGCGGAGCGCUGUAUCAGCAUUGCCGUGGAAGCCAUUAAACUCGAGAACAAUGAAAAGGCGCUGCGGUUCCUGGAGAAGGCGCAGAGAUUGUUUCCCACCGGCCAAGCCCGCGCGCUCAUUGAAUCCCUCUCAAAAAACAACCAGUCUAACGGCACAGAGACCCCAAAUCCUCGUCACCGGAAAAAUGUAGCUGAACCAAGUCCAUCUGCAAACGGGGAGGCCGGAGGGGAAACCGGAAAGAGUUUCACACAAGACCAGAUUGAUGCUGUUAAGAGGAUAAAACAGUGCAAAGAUUAUUAUGAAAUUUUGGGUGUAACAAGAGAAGCAUCAGAAGAGGACUUGAAGAAAUCGUACCGAAAACUAGCAUUAAAAUUUCAUCCGGAUAAAAAUCAUGCUCCUGGCGCCACUGAAGCAUUUAAAGCCAUUGGGAAUGCAUAUGCAGUGUUAAGCAACGCAGACAAGAGAAAGCAGUAUGAUCAGUUUGGAGAUGAGAAGGUCAGUGCAUCGCGACAUGGACACGCCGACUUCCACCGAGGCUUUGAAGCUGACAUCUCUCCUGAAGACCUCUUCAAUAUGUUCUUCGGAGGAGGAUUUCCUUCUAGUAAUGUUCACGUAUACAGCAAUGGCCGAAUGCAUUACACAUACUCUCAGAGACAGGACAGACGAGAACACCGAGGGGAUGGAAGUCUGGGAAUGUUCGUCCAGUUGAUGCCCAUUUUAAUCCUGAUAAUCGUGUCUGCCCUGAGUCAGAUGAUGGUGUCCAAUCCGCCUUACAGCCUGAGCCACAGACCGUCAGUGGGUCAUAUACACAAGAGGUUCACUGAGCACCUUAAGGUCCCAUUUUAUGUGUCUGACAGCUUUGAGACAGAAUAUACUGGCAAUAAUCUACGAAAUGUAGAAAGAAGCGUAGAAGAAGACUUUAUAGCCAAUCUAAGGAAUAACUGCUGGAAGGAGAAGCAGCAGAAGGAGGGAUUACUGUACAGAGCUCGAUACUUUGGGGACGCUGACCUGUACCAGAGAGCACAAAGGAUGGGUACCCCAAGUUGUAACAGACUGACUGAAGUCCAGGCCUCAAUGCAUGGCUAGUCUCUGCUUAGCACAAUGGAGUAAGCACAGAUAUUCGAAGUAGCUGGAAAUCUUUGGCAAUACACUAUGUUCCAAGAGACACGUGGCCUCGGUUCCUGCUGGGGGGCCUGGAGCGCAUUGUUCCCUAGUGCGUUACUGACUCUUCAACCUGAUUUAAAAAUUCAGAAAUGUCAAAGCACAAUCCUCUUGACAUUUUUCGGCACUGGAUGCUAUACAAGCAGGACUGAACCUCCUCUCAGCUUCUUCCCACUACCCCGAUACAUUGCCCAUAGACUUUACACUCUCCUCUAGGAUAAUAUAAGCUCUGCUGCAGUUGGGAAGAAGAUGACCUUCUGUGCGCCAAGAAGCCAGAUCCCCGAGACUGUGGCCUGAUUACUAUGACUAACCGUACCGGAAUCUGAAGACUUUUAGAACAAAGAGAUGAAAAGAGAAAAUCUAUUUAGAAUUAAUUUAUAGCUGUAUAUAUGUUGUACUUUUCAAGAGAAUUAAUUCAGCAGCUCCUCUAUUUAAACCGUUGUGUGAAUCUUUGUGUUGGCGUUGGCCAAAAGCUGAGUCUUUCGUAUUUAAAAUAAUUGCAUCGACUGAAGUAUAUAUAAUAAAUUUAGAGACAAUUUAAAUGUGUACAUUUCAU